AGAUCUAGGAAGAUCAAGAGAGAUGAUGGACUAUAACCGCCCUCCCGUCCCUCCCAGGCCAACGUCGUCGUACACGAACAGCAACAGUAGUGGGCCAGCGCCACCACCGCCAGUGCCGCCACUGCCCCCGAACUUCAGCUUCAACGGACAGGACCCGCAGAUCUCGUUGCCGCAUUUCGAGGACCCGCUCGUCGCGCCUCGCCCGCACAAGAUCACGCCUGAUCUGCCCGCCGAUAUGGCGCGCACGCUUGACCAUCAGCUCUCCCAGCCCCCCCAAAGCUCGCAAAGACUGUCCGUCGUGGGCGGACCCCAGGACCAACAAUACGCCGCGUUCAGAGUGCCGUCGCGAGUGUCGGUGCUGCCUCCUCCCCAAGGCUCUGAUUGGAGCCCGUGGAACAUCCCAAAUAGCCAGCCGACACCGAGUCCCCGCCCGACAUCCUACCACCCACCACCACCACCAUCAUCGUCCCUCCCCAUGAACUACGCCGACGCUCCCCUCCCCGGCGCCGCGCCCCCUCCGCGCGGCUCCUCCUUCGCAGACCCAACCCCCAACCCCGGCGCCUCUCCCUCCCUCACCGCCCCUCUCCCCACCCUCUCCGCCCUCACCGCCGCCCUCCCCGCGAUCCAAAACCCCAACGGCGACCAGGCCUCCAAAGUCGCCUGGUGUCGAGACGUCCUCCUCCUCGUCGACCGCUCACAGGCCCAGAUCAAUUCCUCUGAAGCAGAACCGCCUGCGCCCGGACCCGCUGAUAUCCAGGACCCGCAGUUGAAUCGACUAGCGCACAUCGCCGUUCCGCUCGUCGUGCAGCUUUCGAACCCUCCGAAUCCGGCACCAUCGCCGCUUCCGCCGCAUGUGGCGGAGGCGAUCUAUCAUCGCGCGAAUCUCGCGGCGUCCGGGGCGUUCCCGAUGUUCGUGCAGUUGAAUCCGAGGAGCGCGUUUAGGGAUUAUGAGAAGGCGGCGAGGGCGGGGUAUCAUGCGGGGUGGUUUAAGCUUGGGAGGGAUUAUGAGAAUUUUGGGGAUUUGGCGCAUGCGAAGGAUUGUUUUGAGAGGGGGGUCAAGUAUGCUAAUGAGAGCUGUCUAUACCGUCUCGGUAUGGCGAACCUAAUGGGCCAACUCGGCUUCGCGCCCAACCCCGACAUCGCCCUCCCCCUCCUCCAACGCGCCGCCAACCUCGCCACAAUCGAAGUCCCCCAACCCGCCUACGUCUACGGUCUCCUCCUCCUCUCCGAAUUCUCCCACGUCACCAUCCCCCCGCACCACUUCACCCCUUUCAUCCCCCUCGGCCAAACCCUCGACCUCGAAGCCCGCCGCCAUCUCGAACGCGCCGCAUUCCUCAAUUUCGCACCGGCGCAGUAUAAACUCGGGCAUGCCUACGAAUUCGCACAGCCGCCGUUCCCGUUCGACGCGCUGUUGAGCGUGCAGUAUUAUUCACUUGCGAGUCAGCAGGGCGAGACGGAGGCGGAUAUGGCGCUUAGUAAGUGGUUCCUUUGUGGAGCGGAGGGAAGUUUCGAGAAGGAUGAGGGGUUGGCGUUUACGUUUGCGGAGAAGGCGGCGAGGAAGGGGUUGCCGAGUGCGGAGUUUGCGAUGGGGUAUUAUAUGGAGGUGGGUGUGGGGGGAACGAAGGAUGUUGAGGCGGCGAUUAAGUGGUAUCAGAGGGCCUCCCAACACGGCAACACAGACGCAACCGAACGUCUCACAGCCCUCUCCCAACCCGCCCCCCAAGCCCUCUCCCGCACCGAACACGACACCCUAACCGAAACGACACUCGUCAGGAAACGAACGCAGGCGAAACAGAGAUCGGAUGCGAGGGGUCCCCGGCAAGGUCAGGGGCCGGAAAACGAAACACCGGCGCAGCAGAUUAUUUCGAGCGUUAGGAAGAAUUCGAUUGCGCAUCGGGAGAGGCAACAGGGUGGGGUGGGUGGGGUGGGUGGGAUGGGUGGGCAGAUGGGUGCGGGACAGAGCCCGAAGUAUGCGAAUAACGCGUUACCGGCUUCACCGCGUAUGAAUCCAGCGAAUAAACCGCCGAUGCAGAGGAUCGCGUCUGGGCCGGAUGCGUUCCCCGCUCCUCAACAACCCCAAUCCCAACCACAACCGAUGCAUGCGGCUUCGCUGCCACCUGGGCCUGCGGGUGCGGGUGGUCCAGGGGGUGCGGGUGCGGGAGGUCCUGGUGUGGGAAUGGGAGGAGCGGGUGCACCAGGCCAACAACGCGCACAUCCGAAUGCGCCGAGGUAUGGAUUGUCCGAUCCCGGCCCUGCGUCGUCUCCUGCGCCGUCCAGAGGUAACUCGAUUCCCCAGCCCGGCAGCGGUGGUGGUUCUGGGGACGAAGGCGGCGGAGGAGCGGGAGCAGGAGGAGGAGGGGGAGCGGGAGGAGGAGGAAGGAGGCAGGCGGUGCAGAAGGGGCCGGCGACGUUUGAGGAGAUGGGGUUUAAGAGUCAGAAGUUGGAGGAGAAGGAAUGUGUUGUUAUGUGAGUUGGGAGGUGGGGAUGCCUUGAUUCGAUUCGAUUGGUUUGGUGGGUUGAAGAGGAGGAGGAGGAGGAGGAGGAGGAGAGGGAGAGAGGGGGGGAGUGCUUGUUUCUACCUUUUUCUUUUGAGUUUUGCCUUUGACUUUUGAUUCCCUUGACCGCUUCAUUACCCCGAAAUUGAACGAACAUUCUUACAUUUUUAAUGCUUGAUGCUUAAUCCUCCAUGCUUAAUUGGAACCCAGCCAUACCUUUAUUUAUUGCCUGUGCAUUCGUCGUGAAGGAGUGAGGGAGUCGAUGCUUGAUGCUUGAUGAUUUCGUAAUUUACAAUUUUACAGAUUUACAAUUUUACCAUGGACUUUGAGUUUGAGGUUGGCGGGGUGAGCGGGUGGGUGGAGUGGGUGGGGGGAAGGAUGUUGGGGUUGGGCUUGGUU